CUCAAGAUUUAUCCCUCAGAACUGAACUUCUAAUCACUUGUUCAAACUUUAUCUCAUUUUUCUUCUUUUCCUUAUUUUCUUGGUUGUUUUUGUUACCAAUGGCUGUUGGUACAAUAUGUGAUUCUGAAUCACUCAACCAUGUAGCCACAAAUCCAAAUCUUCCAAAAGAAAUAGAUGAAAAGAAAAUCCAAGUCACUGAAAAUAAUAACCACAACACUGAUAUUAAUUAUUGGCAAAGGGCUCAAUGGCUUCGCGCCGCGGUAUUAGGAGCUAACGACGGAUUAGUUUCGGUUGCAUCACUAAUGAUGGGCGUAGGUGCGGUUAAAAAAGACAUCACAGCAAUGUUGGUAGCGGGCUUUGCAGGACUAGUCGCUGGAGCGUGUGGUAUGGGAAUAGGAGAAUUUGUUUCUGUUUACACACAAUAUGAAGUUGAAGUAGGUCAAAUGAUGAGAGAGAUAGGAACAAGUGAUAGAUCAGAGAAAAAGCUUGAGAAUGAGUUGGAGAAGAGAAAAUCAUUGCCUAAUCCAAUGCAAGCUGCUUCAGCUUCUGCGUUUUCGUUCUCGAUUGGUGGUUUGGUUCCUUUGCUUUGUGGUUCAUUUAUAAGUGAUUAUAAGAUUAGGCUUAUUGUGAUGGUUGCUAUAUCAAGUUUUGCUUUGGUGGUUUUUGGAAGAGUUGGUGCUGAGCUUGGUAAGACACCAAAGUUGAAAACUUCUAUUAGGUUUCUUCUUGGUGGAUGGAUGGCUAUGGCUAUCACUUUUGGGUUAACUAAAUUACUUGCACAUUGUAGUGGUUUGGAUUUGGAUAUCUGAAUCAUGAUGUUUAUCAUUUUUAAUUUAUUGUUUAUCGAGUAAAAAUUUAAACGAGUCUCCGAGGAAAAAAUACGGAGACCUAUUUGAUUUUUUAAAAUCGAAAAGUAUUAAUUGAAUCGUCCAAAAUAUUAAAUGAUUGUAGAAUUAAUCUUCAAUUGAGAUUAAAUGUUAUUUACAUAAUCUAAAAGAAGAUUAAUUUGAUGGUCAUUUGAAAUUCUUGAUGAUGAUGUUACUAUUUUUUAAUUUUAAGAUAUAAAAUCUUUACUCUUGUCUUA